AUGGCAACACCAACACAUGAAGAACAAGAUGAAUCAACUCUUGAACUCAUUCGCCAGCAUCUCUUAGGAGACUUCACCUUCACUGAUGGCUUUUUUUCUCAUCUCAAUUUCCAAAUCCCUGAUGAUGAUUUCUCAUAUGAUGUUCAACCACUUGUUGUGAAACCAGAGUGCUCCCUCUCUGAAUCUGAGUCCACCUCCCCCAUUUCAGAUCCCCAUUGCCACAACCCUCAACCCUGCAAUUUUGAAACAAAACCCGAAACCAUAAUCUCGCCAUCCAUAAAGGUCGAACCUCUGAAUAUGAGCUCACCCACCAAGGGAAAAACAACAACUAGUGAGUGUACAACUCCCUGCUCGCCUGAUGAUAAGUUUCAGCAAGUGUCGGGUUCUGGUGAAGUGCUAAGGCAUUAUAGGGGAGUCCGGCGCAGGCCGUGGGGCAAGUAUGCCGCUGAGAUUCGUGAUCCGGCCCGAAAAGGGACUCGGAUUUGGCUAGGGACAUUUGACACUGAUGUGGAUGCUGCCAAGGCCUAUGAUUGUGCUGCAUUUAAGCUCAGGGGUAGGAAAGCAAUACUGAAUUUUCCACUGGAGGCUGGACAGUCGUCUCAACCGCCGGUGAACACGGCUCGGAAGAGGAGGAGAUCAGUAAAGCAAGAGGAGGAGGAGCUGCCAGAAACUGAACUCUUGAAGCCUUGA